AUGGUAGCACAAGUCGGUAGUCGGGACGGUGGUGGUCAAGUAAGGAGAGUCCAUAUCGUGUAUUUUCUUAGCCGUAAUGGUUGUACCGAACAUCCUCAUCUUUUCCGUGUCCAUCAUAUCUCACGUAAUGGAGUUCGCUUAAGAGAUGUUAAGAGUUGGCUGUCUGAAUUAAGAGGAAACAACAUGCCCGAGGGUUUUGCUUGGUCAUACAAGAGAAGGUACAAAGGAGGAUAUGUUUGGCAAGAUCUAUUGGAUGAAGAUCUCAUCACCCCAAUUUGUGACAAUGAAUAUGUUCUCAAAGGAUCACAAAUUUCCCCAACAACAUUAAAUAAUGAUAUCGAUUCAUAUAGCGAGAAAGAUAUCGCUAAAUCGUCAUUUUUCGAAAUCAACGUGAAAGGUCCAAAAUACCCUUCAAUCGAAAAAGAAUAUCCUCGAGAUUUUUCAACGAAUACAUCCACUGACAUCGAAGAAUCUUCAUUUGUCUCCAAUGUCACAACCGAAGACACAACAAAGAAUCAAGACGAAAAUAAAGACGAAAUACAAGUACAAAGCCAAAAGGACGAUAUCAAGAAUAAUUCCUCUUACGAAACCUUGUUGGACAAGAACACGAACAAUAACAACAACAACAGCAAGAGCAAGAAAGGUCGCAAUAAAAGUGCAACCAAGGCUCCUCCAUCACCAACUUAUUCCUUUGGAAAACCACGUCGUAUUUCAGGUUCACGAGCGACACACAUGUUUCGGAAUUGGAUCACUUGUGGGACCGCAAACACCCAUGAGACGGCGUUGGUGGUGGUCAACAGAAGAAACGGUAGUACAGCUUCAACUGAAAAUAACGAAUAUAACUCGGGGCAAGUAUGCAAAGACCGAAAGUUAAGAGGGUUCGAGAAAAGCUUUGACACGAAAGAGGGAUCAAAGAAGAGCAAGAAGGAGGACCCCAAUAACAUCAAAACCUUUGCAGCUGCUUAUAAGCCUGUCAAUGGCCCCAAUUGCUCGCAAUGUGGGAGGCAGUUCAAACCAGAGAAACUUCACACCCACAUGAAGUAUUGCAUAGGAAUGAAGGUUUUGGCCAAAUCUAUCAAAACAACUCCUAAACCAAAGACUUCAACACCAUAUUCACCUUCUUCUGAUACCUUUUACUUGACCAGUAACUAA